UGCGUCUGGCACGAGGCAAUAUCAGGAUCGGACGUCCGCUUUGCUUCGUAUAAAUAAGCGCCGCAAGGAUUGUUUUCUCACUGCCCUGCGACCAGACAACUGCACAUAUUCCUACUUCACUCCGACAAAGACAGUGAUUUCGCAAUGAAGACAUUCGGAAUUACCGUGUGCUUAGGACUUUUAGCAACAGCAUGUGCAGCCACACUUGAGUCCCCGGAAAGUGAGUAUGCACUUCAGCAAACCGAGCAAGACAAAAAGCUCCAGGCUUCUGUCAUCCUGCUUUGCGAAUCAGUGGACAGAUGGAUUGAAACUAACAAGGGGUUAGAGCCGGCAGAGUUGCAGCAGCGCCUCGAGAGGCUAGUUGACGAGGCUGUCAAAGAAAACAAAGCACUGGACGUCCUAGAGGACGAGGACGACGCGGAAGACGACAGUGAUGCCGUGGUCGAGUAUGGACUUGGCAAGAAGUUGAAGAAGUGGAGGAAGAAGGCGAAGAAGGCCCUUGUCGACGCUGCGAAGGUGGUCGCUGUUAACAAGGUGGUCGGUGCCGCAGCUGGCGCUCUCGGAUGAAGAAUACCAAGUUUGCAGCGGUGGCAGAAAAAGAACCGACAGCUUUGAAAGGCAUUUCCUUAGGUCACCAAAAACUAAGGUCGUAGUGUGAUAUUGAUAACCAAUGAAAAUAAUUUAUCUAAUAAAAUCAUUUUCGUUGUUGAAAGAUAAA